UUUAAUUUUUAUAUAAAAAUGCAAAGAUUCCAAUUCUUUUAAAAUUACAUUAAAAAAAAAAAAAAAAAUGGCAGCUAGAAAUAUUACAAGAUCAUUUUUUGCAAAGACUCGAUCUGAAGGAGCUGGUGCAACGGUUCGAAGAUGUUUAGGUGGAUCAAGUACUUUAGAUCCAUUUUUGUUGUGUGAUAUAUUUGAAGUUACUCCGCCAGCCGGAUUUCCGGAUCAUCCCCAUCGAGGAUUCGAAACUGUUACUUAUCUAUUAGAAGGUGCAAUUGCACAUGAAGAUUUUGGCGGAAAUAAAGGGUUAAUUGGACCCGGUGACGUGCAAUGGAUGACAGCAGGUCGUGGUAUUGUUCAUGCUGAAAUGCCUGCCUCAAAUAUGCCUUCUCGCGGUAUUCAACUUUGGAUCAACUUGUCACGAGAACAUAAAAUGAUUGAACCUGCGUAUCAAGAUUUAAAGGAUUAUGAUAUUCCAAGAGCAAAACCUGAACCUGGAAUUGAAGUAAAAAUUAUUGCGGGAGAAAGCUUUGGAGUAAAAAGUUCAGUAUUUACAAGAACUCCUACAAUGAUUAUGGAUUUUAAACUUGAAAAAGGAAAAAAGAUUAUACAAAAAAUUCCAAAAGAUCAUCAAGGAUUUAUAUAUGUUUUAAAUGGGAUUGGUUAUUUUGGUGGAAAUCAAUUUAAGGGCGAAGAACAUAGUGCAUUAUUUUUAGAUGAUAAUGGAGAUCAUAUUUCUGUAGAAGCAAAAGAUGGAGAUUUGAGAUUUGUACUGUUUACGGGAAAACCAUUGAAGGAACCUAUAGUAAAUUAUGGACCUUUCGUGAUGAACUCGGAAGAAGAAAUAUUUCAAACAAUGUUUGAUUAUGAUAAAAAUACAAAUGGCUUUGAAAGAGCAAAAAACUGGCGUUCAUCAAUUGCCAAUGGUGUGACAGAAUUAUUGUAAUAUAUUUAAAUUACACUACUAUUACUAUUAGGGUUGUUACUUAUUGUAUUUAUCAUUUUCCUUUUUUAAUGUUAAAAAAAGGAGUUCAUACAAAAUUUAAUAUUUAAUAUAAACGAAUGAUUUUUUUUUAGUAACUAUUGUACGUUGUAACGUUCUAUAUGAACAUCUGAAUUUUUUAAUCGGUUACAUUAAAAACCAUGACCAAUAAAUUUUUUG